AUGAAGAGUUUAGUCGCAAAUUCCACCUCCGUGCCAGUAGUUACGUGUCUUGUGUCGUCGGUCGGCAGCCCGGAAGCCGACGACCUGGACGCGUUCGAUUUGGGCGACGGCUUCGGGUUGAGUGGUAGUCUGUUGGACUUGUCGGAUGAGAAGAGGUGGCUGGACCCGGCGGUGUUGGAGGAUUAUACUAACAUGAGUCUCGCCGACUCGAGCGUGAGCCUCGGCUUCAGCCGCCUCGACGUGAGCACCGGCGCGAGCACGAGCGACCUGUCCGUGGCGGGGACUUUUAUCGACACCGAGGCGGAAUUAAAUGCCUACGACUCGGACGUGAUGCCGUCCCUCGGCCCUGAGGCGAGUGUACGUUCCUUGAUCGCGCGCACCGCGGACGCGCGCGUUGCCCGUGCGCACCCUGUGCGGGCACUUAUUACGGACGCACCCACCGUGCGCAGGCGAGUGCGCACAGUGCAGCGACCGCAACGGCCGAUGUCACUGGACCUGAGAGAUGUCCGUCAUCGCGAUUUCUCCGCCUUCUCCUUCGUACCCAGAGUCUCUGCCAGACGCGCCCGCCUGCCCGCUCGGGAGGGUGACCCCGUCCUGGUCCGCAUCAAGGCCCUAGAACUGCCCAAGCCCCAGAAACCUCGUCUAAUCUACAUCUUCCCUCGCGACAACACCCCUAAAGAUACUAAGACCCUGGAGAACAAGGCCACCGACGCCACGACUCCCGACAGCAGCGCUAAUGACUGCAUCGCUGCGGGGGAUCCGGCCCCGGAGAGGUUGGUCGAGACCGAUUCACCUUUGAGAGUUCGUUGCAGCGACGGUAUGAGGAGCAUAGGGACCGAGAGCCUGGUUUCCGAAUUGAGUUGUUCGUCGGACGGAGAGGACCUGCACCGCGAGUUGUUAGACUGGAUCAAGACCGUCGGGUUGGAAACCGUCCGUUCGACAUCGGCUGGAUUCGGGCCCGGGCUGGUAUGCGCAAAAGGGGCUGAGAGCGAGCCAGAGGGGGUCGACCUGGACGAGGUGUCCGUACUGGGGGACGUGUGGGAGGCCAUGCUUCAUGAUCGCAAGCUUCUGAUGCAAUUCGAGCAGGUUCAAACAGUAGCAGACUUAUUCAAAUGGUGUCAGGCUGCCGGAAAGACGCCCGGCGUGUUGCGCUCCCAGGUCCUUCUUCUCGCCAACUUCCUCGCUCGCUCUCGACCGGCACCCAUCAAGGAACUUAUCGAGAAAAACGCUUAUGCCGCGGUCUUCGCAAACCACCAACCUGGAGCAGCAUAG